AUGUCCACUCCCAAAAUCCCAAAAACACCACUCAAUUCCUCCGACCAAAACGUUGCAGGCACGAAAUCGCCGAAAUCGGUCAAGAAGAUGAUUCCUUCAAACCCAGAUUCGACCCAGGUCAAGAGACGUGUCUCGAAAACCACUCAGGAUGCGAGCUCGAAGCUAUCGCAGGCCCAAGAUCAGGCAUCUCCAGAGCAGCAUACGAAGACUUUGAAGCAAAAGCUUCCCAAGGCCCCUUCAGAGAAGCCUCCAGAAACCCCUUCCGUAGUUUCAGAGGCGUCGCAAGCCCCGUCAGCGACUCCCGAUCCAUCCACACCAAGUUCCCAGAAGAAAAGAAUCAUCAAAAAGAAGAAGCCCGCACCUCCACCCUCCGAACCUGACAGCCAAGCUGCACAGGACCUUGCAGACCAGCAACCAGAACCAGAAUCACUCGACACUCCAAAGCAAAAGAUCAAGCCAAAUACUCCACAGAAGGCAGACUCGCCAUCACCAAAGAUCCUUAAGAAGAAGAAACCUGCACCAAUUCCGGAGCCAGAGCCCGAGCCUGAACAGGAAGAGAUGGAGCCAGAACCCGAGCCAGAACCGCAACAAGAGGAGGAGGAGGAGGAACAGCCAAACUUGCCUUCACCAAAAACGCUGAAAAAGAAAAAGCCGGCACCAAUUCCAGAACCAGAGCCAGAGCCACAGCAGGAGGAAGAGGGGGAAGAACAGCCAGAGGAAGAUGAACAAGAGGAUAAUGAGGCUGAAGACGAUUACGACGACGAGGUUCACCAUGACCAGGAUGAAGACACCGAAACUUACGAACAUUCCGAUGAGAAUGAGCAAUCUGCCCAAUCCGAAGGGGGCCAUGAGGAGUAUCACGAUGCAGAUGAAGAGGACACACAAGGUGCUCCAUUGAACAGCGUUCAAGACACUGCAAAGGAUCUCCCGAGCAAAGCCAAAGAUACUGCCGGUAGUCUGCCAGAACAGGGCCAGCAGGGGGUUUCAAAAGCAUCCAAGACUGCUAAAGGAGCAACUGACAACGCUCAAAGGCAGGCCCAAGACGUCGGCGACAAGACCCAGUCCACCGCAAACGGUGCGACCGACAAAGUCAAGUCUUCUGCAAAAGGUCUCACUGAUAGCACUCCCGACCUACCCGCCGGCCUACCUAGUGGAGACGCAGUCUCCAAGAUCGCCAAGAAAUCUUCUCAAGACACUGCUGGCAAGACGUCAAAGUCUGCUACUGAUGCUGUGGGCGGAUUGAAGAAGAAAUCCGGUGGGCUCUUGAGCGGGGCCCCAAAUACAGACUCGAUUGGGCAGCAGGCAAACGAUGCUACCAAAUCUGCUAAAUCGACCGUUGACGGGGGUGUCAAGGAGGCAAAGAAUUCAGCGCCUAAUAUUGGCGGAGAUCAAGCCGACAGUGCAUUGGAUAAGGCAACUUCUACCGCAGGGGCCGCGGGUUCUAAAGUUCAAGACAGUGCCGGAGAUGUAACCAAGAAGGCCCAAGGAGUCGCUGGAGAUGUGAAAGACAAGGCUCAGGGAGCGACUUCGCCUCUUGGAUCUGCCUUGGGGGGUGUCACCGAAGACCCACAAAGCAUAUUCGGCUCUACCAGAGAGCAGUUGGGAGGCAUCACAAAUGGAGUGCAAGACAGUGCGGACCAAGCAGCCAACGGUGCUAGCGGGGCUGCAAAAGAUGCCCAGGACAAAGUUGGUGGCCUCGCAGAUCAAGGGAAGGGUCUUGCCGAUGGCGCAACCUCGAGCAUUACAGACAAGCUCGGAGACAUUUCUUCACUCGUUGGCAAUAAAGUUAAUGAUUCAGGAGACAUCGUGGAUAGCUCUGGGAAGGCAUUGGGGAAGGCUUCCGGGGAUUUGAAGUCAAUGGCGGGCUCAAAAGUCAACGAGACAGGUGAAAUCGUCAAUUCUUCAGGACAGGUGGUUGGGAAGGUCGCAGACAAAGCAAUGAGCUCAGUCCCAGGACUCGAUGUUGUGCAAUCAGCACAGGGAACAGAGAUCAAGACGAGUGGUGGUAGUGGCGGUGGGAUCGAGAUCACGUUGCAGACUACAAGGGAAGGAACUACGCUCACGAUUAAGAUUCCUGGCGCUUUUCAACAGCAGUAA